GUACAACCACUAUCAAAGCCCACUCGACCCAACACAGAAAAACUUCUCUUCUUUUCAAGAACAGAAGAAACCAUGGCUACAAUGGCCCUCUCCUCUCCCACAUUGGCUGGAAAGGCGGUCAACCUCGCGCGGUCGCCCUCUGAACUCCUUGGUGAAGGACGGGUCACCAUGCGAAAGACCGGAGGCAAGGCCACCGUCUCUUCCGGUAGCCCGUGGUAUGGUCGAGACCGAGUCAAGUACUUGGGUCCAUUCUCAGGAGAGCCCCCAUCCUAUCUCACUGGUGAAUUUCCAGGAGACUAUGGUUGGGACACAGCCGGCCUCUCCGCCGACCCCGAGACAUUCGCAAAGAACCGCGAGCUUGAAGUCAUCCACUGCCGAUGGGCCAUGCUUGGUGCACUUGGGUGCGUGUUCCCUGAGCUCCUUUCCCGCAACGGUGUCAAGUUCGGUGAGGCUGUGUGGUUCAAAGCUGGUGCCCAGAUCUUCAGCGAGGGUGGUUUGGAUUACUUGGGCAACCCCAGUCUGGUGCAUGCUCAAAGCAUACUAGCCAUUUGGGCCACCCAAGUUAUCUUGAUGGGGGCUGUCGAGGGCUACCGCAUUGCCGGUGGGCCACUCGGAGAAGUGACUGACCCACUCUACCCUGGUGGGAGCUUCGAUCCUUUGGGGCUUGCCGAUGAUCCUGAGGCUUUCGCCGAACUCAAAGUGAAGGAGAUCAAGAACGGACGGCUAGCUAUGUUCUCCAUGUUUGGAUUCUUUGUUCAGGCUAUUGUGACCGGCAAGGGCCCACUGGAGAACUUGGCUGACCACCUUGCUGAUCCUGUGAACAACAACGCAUGGGCAUACGCCACCAACUUCGUCCCCGGCAAGUGAUCAUGGAGCCCACCUUUGGAUCAAUGCGAAGAUCGCAAAUUGGGAUCGACGUUCGUAACCAGUGAAGGAAGAAUGUUGUAUCUGAUAUGUAUUACUACCAUUCUGUUUAUGUAUUAUUGGUUGUUGGAUUCUUAAGAGGACUUUGCAACCA